ACCGCGGGGAGGAAGACUCUGAGGCCGCGAGCUGCGCGCGCGCGGGGAGAAGGGGGGGGGAGGCGCCCGUGCCCGAGCCCAAGCCCGAGCCCGAGCCGGGGCUCAUGGCCAGAACCACGAGCCAGAUCUAUGAUGCUAUUCCCAUACAAACUAGUGUGGUAUUAUGUUCCUGUCCAACCCCAUCAAUGGUGAGAAACCAUACAGAUUCCAGCACUCCCCCUGUCAUCGUUCCCUGUAGUAGUAGACAGGGGUCUACCAUGGAUGGCACUGCAGCCGAGCCAAGAUCUAAUUCCAAUUCCUUACCACAACAUUCAGGACAGCAGCUACCACAGCCUCGAAAGAAACGGCCAGAAGAUUUCAAAUUUGGAAAAAUUCUUGGCGAAGGAUCUUUCUCAACAGUUGUCUUGGCCCGAGAAUUGGCAACUUCAAGAGAAUAUGCUAUUAAAAUCCUAGAGAAACGGCAUAUCAUAAAAGAGAACAAGGUACCAUAUGUAACCAGAGAAAGAGAUGUAAUGUCCCGCCUGGAUCACCCUUUCUUUGUAAAACUUUACUUCACAUUUCAGGACGAUGAAAAGCUGUAUUUUGGCCUUAGUUAUGCCAAAAAUGGAGAGCUCCUUAAAUACAUUCGAAAGAUUGGUUCUUUUGAUGAAACCUGCACCAGAUUUUAUACUGCUGAAAUUGUAUCUGCUUUGGAAUACUUGCAUGGAAAGGGAAUUAUUCACAGGGACCUUAAACCAGAAAACAUUUUAUUAAAUGAAGAUAUGCACAUUCAGAUUACGGAUUUUGGAACAGCCAAAGUAUUAUCUCCAGAUAGUAAACAAGCUAGAGCUAACUCAUUUGUAGGAACAGCACAAUAUGUUUCUCCGGAGCUGCUUACAGAAAAAUCUGCAUGUAAAAGUUCAGACCUAUGGGCCCUUGGAUGUAUAAUAUACCAGCUUGUAGCAGGAUUACCACCAUUUAGAGCGGGAAAUGAAUAUCUUAUAUUUCAGAAGAUAAUUAAAUUGGAAUAUGACUUUCCAGAAAAAUUCUUCCCUAAAGCAAAAGAUCUUGUGGAAAAACUUUUGGUUUUAGAUUCCACAAAGCGAUUAGGUUGUGAAGAAAUGGAUGGGUAUGGGCCCCUUAAAGAUCAUCCAUUCUUUGAAUCCAUUACAUGGGAGGAUCUGCAGCACCAGACACCUCCAAAGCUCACGGCAUACUUACCUGCUAUGUCUGAAGAUGAUGAAGACUGCUAUGGAAAUUAUGACAAUCUCCUCAGCCAGUUUGGCUGCAUGCAAGUUUCAUCUUCAACUUCUUCCCAUUCAUUGUCUGCUUCGGAGACUAGCCUGCCCCAAAGGUCAGGCAGCAAUAUAGACCAAUACAUUCAUGAUCUGGACAAUAAUUCUUUUGAGCUGGACUUACAGUUUUCUGAAGAUGAGAAGAGGUUAUUAUUGGAGAAGCAGGCUGGUGGAAAUCCAUGGCACCAAUUUGUAGAAAAUAACUUAAUACUAAAAAUGGGUCCAGUAGAUAAAAGAAAGGGUUUAUUUGCACGCCGUCGUCAGUUGCUCCUUACAGAAGGGCCACAUUUGUAUUAUGUGGACCCUGUCAACAAAGUCCUAAAAGGAGAAAUUCCCUGGUCACAAGAACUUCGGCCAGAAGCCAAGAAUUUUAAGACCUUUUUUGUUCACACACCUAACAGGACAUAUUACCUGAUGGACCCAAGUGGGAAUGCUCAUAAGUGGUGCAAAAAGAUACAUGAAGUUUGGCGGCACAGAUACCAGAACCAUCCGAAUGCUGCUGACUAGGAAAGCUUAUCCCAAACUGGCCUGGCUCCUGCCUGCUGCUCCAUGAUUCAGCAUAUGGGCUCGGCAGCACAUUGGAAGGACCUUCCCAUGCCACCUGUUAGCCAUCUCAAGGGGAAAUCAUAUGUCUGAUAUAUUGCAGUUUUUUAUUUAAAAAGAAAAAACAACAAAAAAAUGACAAAAAAAACCCAACAACAAACAUAAAUGGAAUUCAGGGUCGCUUUGCUUGUUCUUUGUGCUUCCGUUGAGGCUUCCACUUGCAUAUCGUUGCAGUGAAGAUCUUGCUUUGGUGCCCUUCAGCUCAAUUUCUGCUGCAAACUAGUGGAUAGACCUUGCUUCACUAAAGAUAAAUUGAAACUGGUCUACAUGUACACACCCAAAAUCAUGUACCAGUCCUGUGUGUGUAAUGGGACAGGGAUUAUUUCUGUGAUUUUGUUUCUCCUCCCUUCUCCCAUUGCCAAGACCCCGUCUAGAUUAUCAUUGAACUCUAUUUCAUCAGGGAGCUUUUAAAUGCCUCUGCUGAGGUCUUGCCAUCGUCUCUGUGGGUUUAUUUUAUUUUAUUUUCCUGUUCAUGCUUUUUUUGGUAUAUGGCAAUAGUGGUCAAGGUUAGUUUUACCUUUUUCCAUAAUCUCUAAUAUAGUUCUGGUUGCAGGAUUUCCGUGGUACUUAUUAUAAUUAUGUGAGUGCACCAGAUAUAUGCUUGGCAGUCAGGCUUCAUGUUGUGAAGAAUAUGGUAUAGGUUUUAAGCAAGAAAAUGCUGAAUGUGGCACUGAAAUUUUAUAAAAUUAAAAUUACUGGUUCCUGGGGGUGUGUAAAAUUUUAAGCUUGUCAUUUUAAUUAAAUGCAUUGAAGUCCUAAAUCAAGGGGCCGUACAGGUAGCAGCAUGCUUUUAAUGAAUACUAACUGAAAAUGAACUAGUUAGUAACAAAUUUUAGUCAUUGAUGUAGGAAAUAUACUCCUGACAUUUUUAGAUGAAUUCAGGUUUUUCCUUUCUCCAGGGUGUGCACAUAUAUACUGCCCUUGUGAAUGUUGCUACCUGCUUUUAGUGGAUAUAUAAAGAUGAAUGAGAAGAAUCCAAUCAGAAUUAUUUUAAUGGGUCUUGGUAUAGUGAAUUGUACACAAUUCUUCCUAUUGAUGAGUUGAUGGAAAUCUAAUGUACCCUUCCUGAGAAUAAUUUUUAAAACAUUUAAAUGUGCUUGGGCACUUUACUAUUGACAUAUGGGGGAGCAGAGAUGAAACUUUUGAUACUGAAGAAGAAAGUACGGUACUUUUUGUCUCAUCAGUACAUUAUUGUUGAAGGGUCAUAUAUGUCACAUGAAUCUUUUUUAUGUUAAAUUGUGGUUGAACAUUUCUUGUAACAUAGCAGAGAGCUUUUAACUUUAUGUUUAACCUUUCUCUAAAUUUGUUCUUUAGCUAUUCUGCUGGGGCAUCUGGCUCUCCUACAAAGAGCAGGCCUUUGCUUGGAGAUAAGUGUUUCUCAUAAUUGCAUUAAAAUGGGGUAAAAAUACCACAC